CUUCCCCUCUCGUCGGGGCCAUAUAUUUUGGUCCGGUGAUAUUUUUCUCUGCUCCCUCCUCCUGCGCCGGUGACUCUGCCUUUUCACUGCCUUCUUCGCUGCGUGGUGGUUUCGGGUCCACGACGCAUCAUUCAUUGCGAACGACAGUUCCAUUCUGACCCAGCUUCCCUUCUUUUCUCCCUCCAUAGUUUCCCUAGCAAUUGAAUUCACCCGGAAGAGAAUUUGCGCCGAAAAUGGGGCUUUCAGAGAAGAUGCGAUUUGCCGACGACAAGGAGGGCGAGGUGCAGACGCAAUCGCCGGAACUCCCGCCUCUGACCAAAACCACCGAGCGCCGACUCAUGGCCAAGAUCGACUGGCAUAUCAUCCCCUGCUUGUGCGUCAUGUACUUGCUGGCCUUCCUGGAUCGCGUGAACAUCAGUAAUGCCGCCGUCCUGGGGCUGCGCGAGGACCUGAACAUCGUCGACGGAAUGAAGUACAACACUGCGCUGACCAUCUUCUUCGUCCCAUACGUCAUCUUUGAGAUUCCGUCCAACAUCCUGCUGAAGAAGUGGAAACCCCACGUGUGGUUAUCCAUGUGUAUGUUCUUGUUUGGCUUGGUGAUGAUCUGCCAGGGCUUGGUGUCCAACUGGGGUGGUCUGAUGACGACCCGCUGGUUUCUCGGAAUGUUUGAGACGGGCAUGUUCCCCGGAUGCUUCUACCUGCUGGGAAUGUGGUAUAAGCGCAGCGAGGCGCAAAAGAGAUUCAGUUUCUUCUUCAGCUCCACGACCCUCGCCGGUGCCUUCGGUGGCUUGCUGGCCAGUGGACUUGGGAAGAUGGAAGGAAUCAGGGGGUACAGUGGCUGGCGAUGGGUCUUCAUCAUCGAAGGCCUUCUCACCUGCGUCGUCUCCUUCAUCUGGUUCUUCGUCAUCCCCGAUUUCCCCGAGGACGUCAAAUGGCUUACCGAGGAGGAGAGAGAGUUCAUUCGGGCGAAACUGGCGCAGGACACCGGUGGUGCUGCCCAUGACGCCAAGAUCGGAUGGCGCGAGGUUUUGGAUGUCUUCAAGGACUACAAGAUCUUCAUCGGCGGGCUUAUGUACUUUGGUCAAAUUGUCACGGCCUACGGAUACGCCUAUUUCGCGCCGUCCAUCAUCAAGACCUAUGGCUACGAUGCGAUCAUGACCCAGUUAUACUCGAUUCCACCGUGGGCGGCUGCAUGGGGCUUUUCCAUGGUGGUCGCCGUCCUCUCCGACAGAACGGGGCAUCGCUUUGCGUUUACGAUCGGACCCAUGUUGAUUGCCAUGGCUGGAUUUGGGAUCUUAUUGAAUGUGCACGGAGAGGCCAAUCGCAGUAUCCAGUACGGCGCCCUGUUCUUGGUCACCAGCGGCUGCUACAGUGCAAUGCCGGUGAUUGUCUGCUGGUUCGCGAUGAAUCUGGGUGGCCAUCGCCGACGAAGCAUCGGAACUGCCUGGCAAGUGGGUUUUGGAAACAUCGGUGGGAUCAUCUCGACUUUUGCAUUCUUGGAGAAGGAUGCGCCAGAGUAUCGACCGGGGUUUGUCAUCAGUGUCUCGUUCCUCUGCUUUUCGGCGGCCUGCUGCAUUGCCUACUUUGCAGCGGUCUGGUAUGACAACCGCCGCCGCGACCAGGCGGCGGCCAACGGCACCGUGCCAGAGUACAGUCAGGAGGAGCGAGAUCUCUUGGGGGACAUGGCCCCCAGCUACCGGUAUGCAUACUGAGGAGGAUGCCCGCAGAGAGGGCGGGAUCCGUUCGAAGAGGAAAGAACGGCGUAGAAGAAUUAGGGCAGAUGAAUGUGACGAUGGAUGAUAUAUAGAACCGGUGUGGAUUCCGGGCGACACACAAUGAACGAAAUUGAAA